CUGGACCCACGUGAUGCCGAAGACACACAACACAGCGAGACCCAGGAGAAAGUCCAGGGAAUAAACUUCCCCUGGAACUUGUGUUGAAGGUUUAGUGGGGACAGGCAUCAGCAGUUGUCCGGGGCGGAUCUCACAGCUUCAUGAAAAUAAACAACCGAGCAGGAAACAUUUCAACUCGUGUACAUAGGAAAAUAAUCCAACAAGAAUCCCCUCCCUGCCUAUAAAGUGUUGAGCAUCCUGCCAGGGAACUUCAUAUCUACGGGAUCUGAGCGCAGAAUGAAAGACUGUGCACCUGUAAGGGUAUAAGCGACGUCGCCGAGAAACAGAAGCAACGUGCGAAUAGCCUUUUAAAAUAGCGUGUUCAUCACAAAUCAGCAUGGUGGCUUUGCCAACUCUUUUCAUUUUGCUUUGUUGCGUUAAGUAUGUGAUAAUGCACAAGAAUGAAUGGCAGAAGACCUAUGUACCUGUGGUUUAUCCGAAGGCAACUUUCCAACUGCACAAUGCACAUUUUGAGGGCAAAACCAACCUGAAAGUCACCUCGCCAUGUGGAUUAGACUGUCACAAAAGAGCACCUCUGCCAACCUAUGAAAAACUGAAAGAAUAUUUGUCUUAUGAAACUUUGUUCUUAAAUGGGAGCAGAACUCUCACGGAUGUGGACAUCUAUGGUUUCAUUGAUGCUGAUUUGGAAAAUGAACGAAACCGCAGAAAUGGUAUAAGAACGAAAAGACAGAUCUUUGGUUUGGAUAGUCGAUUUAGCAUUAUGGCGAGAAAAUUCCUGUUCCUUUAUCCUUUUUCAACUUCGGUGAAAAUCUCCACGGGUUGCUCUGGGACUUUAGUAUCUGAGAAGCACGUUCUAACUGCGGCCCAUUGUAUUCACGAUGGCAAGAAUUACGUGAAGGGUGCACGCAGGAUGAAAGUUGGAUUUUUUAAACCGCAACAGAGAGAGAUGGGGAGAGCUGUAAAUCAAAUCAACUCUAUUCUUCCAGAAAAAGCUAGAUUCCAUUGGAUAAGAGUGAAGCGGUCACGCAUUCCAAAGGGAUGGAUCAAAGGUGCAGCAAACGAUAUUGGCAUGGAUUAUGACUAUGCAAUUCUGGAAUUGAAAAGGCCUCAUAAGAAACCCUUCAUGAAAAUUGGAGUGACUCCUCAUCGGGAGAGGUUGCCUGGAAGCCGGAUUCACUUUUCUGGUUUUGACAAUGAUCGUCCUGGAGAUCUUGUUUAUCGUUUCUGCUUGGUCAAAGAUGAAACGUAUGACCUUCUGUAUCAGCAAUGUGAUGCUCAGCCAGGUGCCAGUGGUUCAGGUGUUUACAUCCGAAUGUGGAAUAGGCAAAUUCGGAAAUGGGAGCGAAAAGUGGUUGGAAUAUUUUCGGGUCACCAGUGGGUGGAUAAGAAUGGUAUUCAACAAGAUUACAAUGUAGCUGUUCGGAUUACUCCUCUGAAAUACGCACAGAUUUGUUACUGGAUUAAAGGAAAUUUUGUUGACUGUAGGGAUGGAUGAGAUAUUAGUUUUUGCUCUGCUUUUGCAACUGUGUGCUUUGCAAGCUAGUGUACACUUGUACCACAAAUAUUCAAUUCCAGAAUCUAAUUUACUGUGGGCACAAUUAUUCUGGUAAACCAAAUGACAAAAAAUUAUUAAAGUGGUGAUCAAUAAGAAUAGCGGGAGGGAGACAAAGCUUAAUAAUGCUUGUAACUUCAGACUACUGAUUGCUUCUGCAGGCUAUUUU